GAAUAUCAGAAAGCGCAGAACCAGCAGUGCGCAAAGGGACGGGAAAAAGAUAACUUUGUGAAAAACAAAUAAGAAAGUUCAGAUUUUUACUGUCCCUCUGUCUCUCUCUCUAAUAACAUACGCAAAAUUACACACAGAAAGGUAAUGGGGUGGGUGGUGAAACAGCAGCUUAUGAGAGGGAAGAGAACUCGGAUAUGGGGAGGAGCAUUGCUUUGUUGGCUUUGCCUCAUGUUUGCCACUCCCAAAAUCCCUCUCUCUCCGAAGCACCAUCUUUAUGCUGACAUGCGCAAUUUUCUCGGAUUGCCUAAUACGUUGAAUGUGAUUACAAAUUUCCCAUUUUUGGUUGUGGGUGUUCUGGGUUUUGUUCUCUGUCUCCAAAGGAACUUUUUUAACCUAAUUUUGCGAGGAGAGCUAUGGGGAUGGGCGCUAUUCUAUGCAGGAACAGCAGCGGUGGCUUUUGGGUCUGCUUAUUAUCAUUUGAAGCCAGAUGACAAUAGAGUAAUGUGGGACACGUUUCCGGUUAGCAUUACUAUACUGUUACAGCACUCUCAAAUGAUGAUUGCGUACUCCUCACUUUUCUCUAGUUUUAUAGUGGAAAGAAUGGGGGAGAAGAUUGGAUUAAGUUCUCUAUUUGCCCUCCUUUUAUUUGCUUUUCUUAGCACAGCUUACGGAAUAACAUAUAAUGAUCUUCGGCUGUGCAUGGCAUUCCAGUUGAUUCCAUCGAUAGCCAUUCCAGGAAUGAUGUAUGUGUUCCGAUCUAAAUAUACUCACUCAAGAUAUUGGCUUUUUGCAGCAGGAAUACACGUUCUAGCCAAAUUUGAAGGUGUUGCUGACAGGAAAAUAUACCGUGUAAAUCGUUACAUUAUCAGUGGGCACUCAUUGGAGCAUUUAUGUUUAGCAAUGGUCCCUGUUCUGCUGAGUAUAAUGCUCAUGUAUAGAAACAUGAAAUUUCAAAGAUUAGGCGAUCAUAAGGAACGUCCAUGAAGAGAGUUGGAAUGAGUAAAUGACCAAUGAAGGCUUAUGAAGUGCAUUAUCUAAAGUGGAAACCUGGGAAUUUUCAGUGGAGGAUUAGAUUAUUGGAGGUAAUGAGUGCUUUUAUCAUCCUUUUUUGCCUAGAACAACAGUGAUAAUAUGUAAUCAACAAAUCUUUCUCCCUCAUUGCUGUCCAGCACUAAGUUUUUUUUUUGCUUGUUUAAAAUCAAAACUGCGUCGGAAAGGAAAUUGUAUGCUUUUGUGCGGUCUCAAUUUUGCAUAGGAGGCUGGUUCUGUCAUCUUGCUUUCAACAGAGGAUACCAUUGCAGGACAAUAGGUAAUGCCAACUGCUAAUCCGCUGAGUACCAGAUCAUGGAAUGAGAUUGUAGCCGUUAUUUUUGAAAAAAAAUUAGAAAGCAUAUAGAGGGUUUUCUUCAUUUAUUCUUUGUCUAAUUUGUGGUGAAUUGCACUCACCUCGUGGUUGGUGACAACUUAGUGAUUGCUGCCAUGUAGGAACUGUAGAAAACCACUGCCCUUAUUACAAAAGGUUUAAGGAGACAUGAAAGUUGUCAGAGAAGAUCAUACUUCCAAUAUUUUGUAACUUUUGAGUUUGAUUGCCAUGAUAUGUUGUACUAAAUUCUACUAUGAUCUGCCAAGUAAUGUUGAAUACAAUUUUCGAGCAUCAAAGGCAAUGAUGAGAUUUGAUCACUCUCGGUGUCAUUACAUGACAACCAAGGCAUGCUUCAACGUGCAUUUUCAA